AUGGAGGGCCCAGACGUUAACAUGCAGUCGAUCGAGCGGGACCAUCGCGGCGACAUUGUAGGGCGCUGGACGGACCUUGACUACGUGCUCAUGCGUGACGGGCCAUCGGCCGGCCCUGGCUUCGAACCCGGAGAAGACACAAAAUCGGUGCUCAUGGACGUGAUGCACGUCUUGGUCCUCGGCGCCGGUGGACUUGGGUGCGAGCUGCUGAAGGAUCUGGCGCUGAGUGGGUUUAAGAAGAUCGAUGUCAUCGACAUGGACACCAUAGACCUCAGCAACCUGAACCGCCAGUUCUUGUUCCGUCCGCACGACAUCGGGAAACCGAAGGCUAUCAUAGCGGCGGAGCGGGUGAUGGAGCGUGUCGAGGGCGUGACGGUCACUCCGCACUAUUGCCGCAUCGAGGACAAGGACGACGAUUGGUUCCAGCAGUUCCACAUCAUCAUCAUGGGUUUGGAUUCCCUGGAGGCGCGCAGCUACAUGAACGCCGUCGCCUGCUCGUUCCUUCGCUUCGAAGCUGACGGCACCCCGGACCAGUCCACAAUCAAGCCACUGAUUGACGGAGGCACCGAGGGUUGGAAAGGCCACGCGAGGGUCAUCUUACCCGGCGUCACGCCUUGCUUCCAUUGCACCAUGUGGCUUUUCCCUCCGCAGACCACGUACCCGCUGUGCACACUGGCGGAGACCCCUCGCAUCGCGGCGCACUGCAUAGAGUACGCACAUCUCAUCCAGUGGGGAAAUGAAAGGCCUAACGAGGAGUUUGACGCCGACGACCCCGAGCACAUGAAGUGGAUUUACGAGAACGCGAUGCGAAGGGCAGAGGCGUUUGGAAUUGAGGGCGUGACACUCCAUCACACGAUGGGGGUUGUGAAGAACAUCAUCCCGGCGAUUCCGAGCACCAACGCGAUCAUCGCGGGGCAAUGUGCGCUUGAGGCGCUAAAGAUGGCGACGAUGUGCGCGAAGGGAAUGGACAACUUUAUGAUGUACAACGGCAGCGAUGGGGUUUACACGCACACGGUAGCGUACGAGAAGGAUCCGGACUGUCCAAUGUGCUCUCCCGGAGUUGCUAUGGAGUUGCCAAAGGAGUCCACACUUUCGGAUGUUAUCGAUGCGAUUGUGAAGAAGUUUGAAGAUACGGUGGCGUUACCGUCCAUCAGCACGUCCAACGGGACUAACUUGUACAUGAGAGGGGUUCUUGAAGAAGCGACAAGGGACAACCUACCGAGGAAGAUGUCUGAAUUGCUGGGAGAGGAGCACGGCGGCGGAGAGAAACUGGACGGGUUGAUCAUCGUGAAUGACAAGAAGCUCAAGGGGCCGCUCAGAGUUCGACUUUCCCUCGCGUGA